CGGUCCAGGACUUUCCUCUGUGUUCAGCCUAGCAUCCAGAGCUGCUGCUGCUGGUUCUCUUGUUUAAACUCAGAACCAACAACCAACGGACCAGCCGAGCAAAAACACAUCAGAGUCAAAACAUUCGACUUCAGGAGAUCUUUGAACAGGUAAAAUAUGUUAAAGUGGACCGUGCUCCUGUCUUUAUGUUUAAGUAUCUCCUCUGCAACAUUUGACUAUCUUUAUGAGCAGAGAUCCUUCAUGGAUCCAGAGGACAUUCUGACUGUGAGAAUUCCUCUGGAGGGCUUACAGCGCCCUCUGCUGGGAGAAACUCUGCUACUGCCGUGCUACUUUCAGGACCACUCUGUUGAAGAUUCUGGUUCUCCCCCCGUCACUCCCCUUUCCCACCGUAUCAAAUGGAGCUACGUCACAAACGAAAAGGCGACUACCAUCCUUGUGGCUUUGGAGGGACAGGUCCGCAUCAACGAAAGUUAUCUGGACAGAGUUCAGCUGCAGAGCUACCCCCAGACUCCAACAGAUGCCAGCAUCAAAAUAUCGGAGCUACGUUCCAGUGACACAGGAGUGUAUCGCUGUGAAGUUCAGAUUGGCAUUGAGGAUGCCUAUGACGUUGUGCAUGUCCUUGUUCAAGGUAUCGUGUUCCACUACCGGCCCUUUAUGGGUCGCUACACUUUGACUUUUGAGAAAGCGAAGGCAGCAUGUGCCCAGAACAGUGCAGUUAUUGCUACUCCAGAGCAGCUUCAAGCAGCAUUCGAAGAUGGUUUCCACCAGUGCGACGCAGGCUGGUUGUCUGAUCAAACAGUGCGGUACCCAAUCCACAAGUCUCGUAUGAACUGCUAUGGUGACAAAGAGGAACUCCCUGGGGUCAGGACGUAUGGCAUGAGAGAUCUCAAUGAGACAUAUGAUGUUUACUGCUUUGCAGAUAGGAUGCCAGGCAGAGUUUUUCACAGCACCUCUGCAGGAAAGUUCACCUUCUCUGAGGCUGCGCUGGCGUGCUCCUACCAAGGAGCUCGGCUAGCCACCACAGGUCAGCUGUACCUUGCAUGGCAGGGGGGUAUGGACAUCUGCAAUGCCGGCUGGCUGAGAGAUGGGAGUGUCCGCUACCCCAUCAAUAUUCGACGGCCACAAUGCGGAGGGGGUCUGCUAGGGGUGCGAACAGUUUAUCUCCACACAAACCAAACAGGAUACCCACUUCCUGAUUCUCGCUAUGAUGCCUUCUGUUACACAGAUUCCCCUGAUGAUGAGGGUUCAGGCACAGAUGAGGGGAGUGGUGCUGUGACUGUUACCACAGUGACGAAGAGUCCAGAGGUGUUCUUCAGCAAGACGACCACAGAGAGCGAAGCAGUUGGAGAGGUGGAGACCCAGCAGCCAUUUGAUCUGAGCUACACCAACAGCGAGAACCCCAACAAGCUGCCUCUUCCUCAGCCAACAAACUUCACAGAUUUCACCUUUGACCUUAUUGAGGCCGUCACCAACCAGCCGGCUGUACAAAGGGAGCCCAGCAAAACCUCUGUCAUCUCUCCAGCAGGCGUGGUCUUCCAUUACCGCUCACCCACUGGCCGUUAUGCUCUCACAUUCGUCGAGGCUCAGUUGGCCUGCCAGGGUGUCAGAGGCUCCAUGGCCACACCACAGCAGCUGCAGCAAGCAUACGAGGACGGAUACCAUCAAUGUGAUGCAGGUUGGCUUCUGGACCAGACUGUGAGGUAUCCUAUCGUGUUUCCUCGAGAAAAAUGUGCUGGAGAUCUUGGAGAUCAACCUGGAGUUCGGACGUAUGGCCUCAGACCAGCAGAGGAGAGAUACGAUGUUUACUGCUACACCGAGGAGAUCAAAGGAGAGGUUUUUCAUGUGGGAUCUGCUGAGGGUUUCACCUACGACGAGGCUGCUUCUGCCUGUGAAAACCACAGUGCGGUUCUGGCCUCCACUGGAGAGCUCUAUGCAGCCUGGAAACUGGGCUUGGACAAGUGCCGAGCAGGCUGGCUACUGGACCGCAGCGUUCGCUACUCCGUCAACAGCCCCCGUCCUGGGUGUGGAGGAGAGAAAUCAGGGGUGCACACAUUGUACUCUCCUCCAAACCAAACACAUUACCCUGAACCUGAUGCCAGAUUUGAUGCAUACUGUAUAAGAGACAUCCAGAAGGCUCUAUCUAACCACACAUCGGAUACUGACUUAUUAAGGCCUGAUGAUUUCUUCAUCGUUCCUCCCAUCCCCAUGGAGAUUUCAAGUUCUGGCUCUGGUUCAGCAGACUUUGAUUCAGGCAAUGCAGGAGAUAAUUCUGGAGUACAAUUUAACUCUGGAGAUCAGUCUGGUUCUGGAGACCAGGUUAACUCUGGAGAUCAGUCUGGAUCUGGAGACCAGGUAAACUCUGGAGAUCGGUCUGGUUCUGGAGAUCAGUCUGGAUCCGGAGACCAGGUUAACUCUGGAGAUCAGUCUGGUUCUGGAGAUCAGUCUGGUUCUGGAGACCAGGUUAACUCUGGAGAUCAGUCUGGUUCUGGAGACCAGGUUACCUCUGGAUAUAUAUCUGGUUCUGGAGGCAAAAUCCCCUUUGGAGACCAAGCUGGGUAUACAGAGACUGUGGUGACCAGUGGAGGAUCUGGUUUGGCCAGUGCAUCUGGUUCGGGGUCAGGACCCAGAGUUGUUUCCUCUGGACCCUGCAUUGCAGCAGUAGAGGGCUCAACGUUAGGAGAACCUCAAGAGGCUGGAGAAGGAAGCACAGACGUUCUUAUAUUCCCUUUGUCUGCAGCUGAUUCUGGGAAGCUCAGUGGAAGUGGAGUUAUGUCCGGGUCUGGAUCUGGAUUUGAUGCUGGACAUCUCACUGGCACGGGUCUUAUCUUGGACCAAGAGUUGUCAGGUUUUAGUGGUUUUCUAUCUGGAUCUUCAUCUGGAAAUGGACUAUCUGAAGACAUUUCUGGAAGUGGAGAUGCUCCAAUCUUAAUAAUAGAUGACAAACUAAUUGAUGCAAAGAAGGAAUACAACCUUGAUGGAGGUCCGUUAGAUUUCAGUGGUUCUGGAAACUUUUAUAAAUCUGGGAUUCUCAGUGGGUCAACCUCUGGAAGUGACUCCGAGUCUCUUACUGGUGUGACUUUUAUGGGUUCAGGUUUCACUAAACUUAUGGGGUCACCUUCUGGAGAACAAGAGGAAGCUUCUGGGGGUUUAUUCUACAGCUCUGGACCAGAAAGUGGGGGUCAGAUAUCUGGAUUUAGAAUCUCAAGUUGCAGUUUUGAUUCUAGAGCUGGAGGUUCUGGAUCUGGUUUCUCUAAAUCUGAAACGUCAACAACUAAAGGCGAGGAAGAGGGCAGUGCUAUAUUUUUCACUCAGGGUCUAAUGACAGAAAUACCUGAAGAUGACAAGGUGCCUCUUCAGCUGGGAGAAAACUCAGGGGAGUACAGUGGAGAAACAAGUGGCAACAAUGGUUUCUACUCCAGUGAUGGAAACAAGGACUUAUCUGAGGAUAACACCUUCAUGUCAGGGGUUUUGUCUUCUGGAGAUUCUUCUGAUCCACUGGUGGUGGUACAACCUGCUCCAUCAGUUGACCCAGCACUAACAGAACCCACCAUAAGAACAAAUGAAGAUGUUAAUGGAACUGAACUGACACACAACUCCAGAGUUUAUGUUUCGCCAGGUCCAGCAGUUGCCCCUGCAGGAUUAUCAGCUCCUCCUGCAGAAAUCAAACCAGCUUUUGUACAAACACCAGCUGUCCUAGAAGCUUCCAACCCAUGUGAACCAAAUCCUUGUGGCAAUGCUUCAUGCACAGUAGAGGAAGGGGUUGCUUUCUGCUUUGAGGCAGAAGUGUGCCAUCCCAACCCUUGUACCAACGGAGCCACCUGUGUGGAGAGUGCAGACUCUUUCAAAUGCUUAUGCCUGCCCAGCUACGGAGGGGAACGCUGUGAGAUCGAGGAGCAGCGAUGUGAAGAUGGCUGGACGAAGUUUCAGGGAAACUGCUACCUGCCCGUCUCUGACAGGGCGGAGUGGCUGGAGGCGGAGCAACGCUGUCGGCACCUGAACGCUCACCUGGUCAGCAUCAUCACACCAGAGGAGCAGCAGUUUGUCAGCGCUAAUGCGCAGGACUAUCAGUGGAUCGGCCUGAACGACAAAACCGUGCAGAACGAUUUCCAGUGGACGGACGGCUCUCCACUGCAAUAUGAGAACUGGAAGCUGAACCAGCCAGACAAUUACCUCAACUUAGCAGAGGACUGCGUGGUUUUGAUCUGGCAUGAGAACGGAAAGUGGGACGACGUUCCCUGCAGGUACCACCUGCCGUUCACCUGCAAGAAGGGACCAGUGUUUUGCGGCGCUCCGCCUGCGGUGAAAAACACACGCAUGUUUGGAAACCGGAGGUCGGAGUAUCCGGUCAACUCCAUCAUCCGUUAUCAGUGCAACCCAGGAUUUAGACAGCGCCAUCUACCUGUGGUCCGGUGCCAAGCUGACGGGAAGUGGGAGAAACCCAAAGUGGAGUGCACAGAUGUAAAAGCCAGGAACAGAAUAAAACUCAGGAGCAGCAGGAAUUCACCAGUGAGCGAAAAAAACAAAUAAAAUUAAUUAAAGUUUUUAAAAGCGAGAAAAUUUUUUUCACAUCAUUUUUAAUUGUUAGAAUAUAAAUUAAAAUGCUUGAAUUUUCAUUCUUUGGGUGCUACGUUGUGGUAGCACUUGUUUAAAACCCUCAUCCCUUCUCACUAAUAUAUUUAAAUAUUUACGCAUGAAUGUCCAAUAUUUCUUUUAGAUCCCACUAAUAUGAAUGUAGAGCGGAUUCAGCUGAAUGCUUUAGCUUCCAGGUUGUCGUUCCGGAGACAGAAAUGACCAUUUUUAGACAAAAGUCUAUAUUUAGAGACUUGCAGCAAACAGGAAGAUUUUAGAGGACUUUAGAGUUUAAAGCAGCAGCUUAUCAUGUUGGUGGGAUUUUUAACAGCAUUUUUUCUGUUUUAUCUGAUCACCAUCACCAAUGCUGUGCAGUGCACAGAUUUUUAUAAAUCACUGCUGUAAACCUCCAGGUUCCUUCACUUCAUGUCGUUUGUGCUCGUGUGUUGCAUCACUGUUGCCGUUUGUGGGGGCUGCGCCUCCGUUAAACAUGUUGUCACCUGCUGCAUAAUCAAAUAAAGAUGCUGGAAACGUG